GUUUACCUAGAGAUAUGAGAGUCUUGGAGCAAUGAAACAUUUAUGAUCGAAGGACACAAAAAAGUCCUACUUUUCUCCCAAAACUUGACCUUGACCGCUCUGCUUAAACACUACUAAAUAUAGUGUGUUUGUCUCUCUGGAGAGUGAGAGAAAACAAGUAAGAAAUGGUGGUGAAGCGGAGCGAAGCGCAUUUGAGCAAGGAUUCAAAGGUGGAAGUUUGCAGCAACGAAGAGGGUUACAGAGGUGCAUGGUUCCCUGCCAUAAUCCUUGACCCACAACCCUCAGAUCUCUCAGCGAAGAAGAAAAGGAAGAGCCUUGGCAACUCAAGCAAGGCUCUGGUGCAGUACGAGACUCUGGUCUCCGACGAUGACCCAAACAAGCCACUCACUGAGCUCGUUGACGUGUGCUCCAUCCGGCCCGUGCCUCCUCCUGACAAUCCUGACCAGCCCUUCGAGCCCGCAGACGUCGUAGACUCCUUUUACCUUGAAGCUUGGUGGGUGGGGGUUGUGAUGAGGUUUGAGGAUGACAAGUAUACGGUGGGUUUCAAAAACCCACCUGAUCUGCUUGAGUUAAGGCGCUCUGAGCUGCGGCCUCAUUGGGAUUUUCUGGACGGCGUAUGGAUUCGAGCCCGGAAGGAGAGGAUAGAGGAGACAAUUUUCAGCCAUGGGACAGCAGUGGAAAUAAAUCCCAACGAAAACAAUCUAUUGUAUGCUUGGUUCCCAGCAAUUUAUCUUGGUGAACUAGGGGUUAACUCUUUCUUGCUUCAAUAUAAGAGCACAAACAACUGUGAUGUUAAAGUGGUAGUAAAUGGCCACCAGAUUCGGCCUCAGCCUCCGAAGUCAGGCAAAAGAGAUUUUAACUUGAUGGAAAUGGUGGAUGCAUUCUAUGAUAUGGGUUGGUGGGUCGGAGAGAUUACACAAAUUCUUACAGAAGAAAAGUAUAUGGUCCGUUUAAAAUUCACAAAGCAGGUAAAGGAAUGCAGUCCUUCAGAAUUGAGGCCUCAUGUGGAAUGGACGGAGAGAGGAUGGAUUACAAAGACCAAUGGAACAUGGGUUGAUUGCUCUAAGGAUGCUCACUUUAGUGUGGAUUAUGAAGUACAAUCAAAGCGUGCAUGCGAGAGUUUCAGAAGCUCCGAGGUAGCUACAGCACUUGAAAGUUCAGGUGCUACCAAGGAUAAUAAUGAAGUAAAAACAGCUUGUUCAAGGAUUUCAUGGAAGAAUCAGUUGGAGCACUUGAGUCCUUGCAUUGAUAAAUCACCUUAUGGAAAGACCAAAAAGAAACUAAAAAUUAAUCAGAAACCUAAUGAUGAUGCAACAAUUUUACGUCCUUCCAAGAAGUUAACAUGGGGACAUCCAGAAGACUCCUUAUCUUUUACACCAUCAUUUUCAAGGAGAACGCCAGUUAAAACAUUGAAAAAAGAAGCUCCAGUUAGAAAGGGUGCGAAGACUAAGCAACAACAGGUUGGAGAACUGGACAAUCAAGAAAUCAUUUCUUAUAAACAAAAAGGAAAACCACGAAAUUCUCAAGGUGAUAUCCCUUGGCCAAGAGUGAGACAUGAGGGGAGGGGCAGGCCACUGAAAUUGCCUGUCAAGAAGGGCAGUGAAAUUGAAAAUGCUGAUGAAGAAGAUGUUGAAGAUGAGUAUGGACUGGACAACAUUGAAUCUUCUGGUAUAAGGUCAGAUUCUGAGCUAACAGGGGGAUCUCAUGCUGGAACAUCAUGUCUGCUCCCUGUAGAGGAGGUUGAAUGGAAUGAAAAUGGGGUGAGCAAUGAAAUAAAAGGGAAGGGAAAACUGCCUGAAUAUCUUGUUGAACACCCAAAAGAUCCAGCAACAGAUCAUGCGAAUGAUAUAUUUGAAUUGCCUGUAAUAACAAUGUGGGAUUUGACAGGUGAGAAGCACAACGGAACUGGAGUUGUUGCUCAAGUUGAAUCGACUAAGACUCAAGUUGUCAAUGAUAAUGGUUUUGAAGAUGCAACGGUCGAAGCAGAAGCUGAAGAUACUGCAAUGGAUAUUGAGAAAAUAAUAGAGGGCUUAAGUAACCCUGCAGGGUUUUCCAGCAAACAAAAUGAGGUCAGAGGAAGACAGGUUGAAACUGGUUUAACAGCUUCUGAAGAAGUGAUGAAAGAGACAAAAAAUGUGGAUUCUGCAAUGGAUUACUCGACAAAAGAAGUUCAGGUGGCUGUGACCGGAAUAUCUGCAACGGCAUCUGCCCAUGAUCAACCUUUAUCACUGUGCAUAGAUGAAAUGCAUUCUGUAAAAGCCAUAGAGUGCUCAAGUAACCCUGCCAGGACUGCCAACCAACAAAAUGAUGUUAGAGGAACACAAGUUGAGCAACAAGACAGUCCACAUUCACCUUUUGUGAGAAGUUCUCCAUUUUGGAAAAGUAUUGAAUCCAUGGAAGUAUUCAAAAGAUUUCCACAAAGGCCACAUUUUCAUCCUCUGAUGAAGUGUAAAGCGGUUUGUCGUGAAGGAUCCGCUCUUGGAAAUAUGAUAACCUUUGCCUCUUUGGUGGAGAAGACUUCCAAGUUGCAAGUUGGCGAUCCUAGAGACUUAUUUGAUAGCAAUUUGGAGGCACUAGUUGACUUGGAAGUGUUGGGAUUUGAUGUCACGGCAGUACGGCAUCGUCUGAAGGAAUUGAUUGAAAUGAAAGUUAAGUUGGGGCAACUUGAGAACCAAUCAAAAGAAGUUGACAUUCAGAUCACGGAGUGUACUCUUGACAGAAUCAGAAAUAGUGAAACAAUCAGUCGGAUUGAUAAGGAGAUCGAGGACUUGAAGGAAAAACGGGCGACCCUGAUGUCAAUCGAUGUGGCCAAAGGUUCUGAAAUUAGCAAGCUGCAAUCAGAAGUAAAUGCUAUCACUGAAGGCAUUCAGAGCAUCCAUCAUGAUUUUGAGAAAUUAGCUGCUGCAGCGUGGUGAUUGUUGUGAUUUUGAUGGAUGACCCUUUAGAUUAGCACUCUUUUACCCAACCCUUGAAUGGUUCGGAGAUAGGUUUGUCCAUGGAAACUGAUAUAUAAUAUUUAUACCCUUUUGAAUGUAAUGUAAUGAUGGAAGUGAUACCAAACUGUUGUUUUUUGUAACAGAUAUUUGCCUUUGAAUGCUGGUAACAGUUAUCUGUACUACCAUAUCCUCAGCCAGUAUUAGACUUAAUGCUACUCAAGACAUAUUUAUAGACC